GGAGGAGAGAAAAAAAAAGCCCUUUCCAAAAAAGUAUUGGAUGUCUUGAGGAAUGCAGUCGGCCCCCUGGGAAAGUACAUAUCUGUGAGGCGCUGCCCGCCCGCCCGCACUCCGCCGGCGCCGUCCCGCUCGGAUCUCGGAGCAGCCCCGCACCGCCUCGGGGCCGCGCCAGUGUCUCGGACUCCAUCAGGGCUGUCCCGCAGCUUCCCAAGUUCUGCUUUCGGGUGUAGUUCGCGCGGGGCGCGCCUUAACCCACCGCCGCCAUGGAUGCCAUCAAGAAGAAGAUGCAGAUGCUGAAGCUGGACAAGGAGAACGCCUUGGACAGAGCGGAGCAAGCCGAAGCAGACAAGAAGGCAGCAGAGGAGCGAAGCAAGCAGUUAGAGGAUGACAUUGUGCAAUUGGAAAAACAAUUGCAUGUGACGGAGGAUGCAAGGGACCAAGUGCUGGAAGAGCUACACAAGUCAGAGGAUAGUCUCCUCUCCGCAGAGGAGAAAGCUGCCAAGGCUGAGAGUGAUGUAGCUUCUCUGAACAGACGCAUCCAGCUGGUUGAGGAAGAGUUGGAUCGGGCUCAGGAACGCUUGGCUACUGCCCUGCAGAAGCUGGAGGAGGCUGAGAAGGCUGCAGAUGAGAGUGAAAGAGGAAUGAAGGUCAUUGAAAAUAGAGCCCAAAAGGAUGAAGAGAAGAUGGAAAUCCAAGAGAUCCAGCUUAAGGAGGCUAAGCACAUUGCUGAAGAGGCUGACCGCAAGUAUGAAGAGGUGGCUCGUAAGCUUGUGAUCAUUGAGAGUGACCUGGAGCGGGCUGAGGAGCGUGCUGAGCUGUCAGAAAGCAAAUGUGCUGAGCUUGAAGAGGAGUUGAAAACUGUGACCAACAACCUGAAGUCGCUGGAGGCUCAGGCUGAGAAGUACUCACAGAAAGAAGACAAAUAUGAGGAGGAGAUUAAAGUCCUGACUGACAAACUGAAGGAGGCUGAGACCCGUGCUGAAUUUGCUGAGAGGUCAGUAACCAAGCUGGAGAAGAGCAUUGAUGAUCUAGAAGAUGAGCUAUAUGCUCAGAAACUGAAGUACAAAGCCAUCAGUGAGGAGCUGGACCACGCUCUCAACGAUAUGACUUCCAUGUAAAUGUCUUCCCAGCUUGUGCCUGCACCUGCUUCCCUGCCCUCAUUGAUUGUGCAGUUCCAGCCUUGUGAAAUUUUACUCCCUGUGUAGUGGGAGAUGCAUUCUUUUAAUGAGACUAGGUGUACAAAAUACCAUGAACAAUAUCUUUACCGUGGCAGAGUGUGGGUGAGUUUUGUGCAGAGCCUGGUAAAUACUCAUGGUGAUUUUGUAAGCUGCCUAAUAAGCUUGUGGUGUUUACUCUUUCAUUCCAUAUCUGCAAUCUUUGUGUCUUGUAGUUGCCCUUUGUUUGUAGCUCUGCAUUUAUCCUUUCAGUUCACCUCUGUUCAAGCACUGCCUCCCAGGCCCAUCGCAUUCAGUUUACCAAAGAAAACUGCCUCUGUACUUGUUGCAUUCAGAGUGUGUUUUUCUGAAGUCACAGUUUUUUUCUGGCAAAGUUCCUACACAAGUUUCAAAGAAGUUUAGAUGUAGCUGUAUCAGUGUAUCAGCUGUAUCAGUGACAGUGGAAAGGGUUUAUCUAGAUUUCCUUAACUGCUCUGAAAAUUUCAGCUGUUAUCACUAAAUUCCAAGUGUAGAAAUUGAUUUAAAGCACUUUUGUCAUUUAAACCAUAUCAAAGUGACUUUUGAAUUGUAGGUUGCUUCUACAUGUAGCAGUAGGUGUAUUUUGCAUAUACUGAAAAUGUGGUAUCAACUUCAGUCAUAAGGAGAAAAUAAAGAGCAUAUUAAGUAGCAGCAAAACAGUUGUAAGGUGCAACUGGUCUGUGCAGCGUUUGAUACAAACUGACUCUCCUUCCAUCAGCCAAAAGCUCUGAACAGAGGUCAGCUAUGCUAAGUUCACCUUCCCAUGCUCAUACCUUCUACUUGCAUGAACCCUGUAGGGUUGACAUGGGAAAGAGGAAGAGUUGUGGCUCUCAGGUGCUUGUGAGGGGCAAUGUUUAGUCCCAGCAUUACUUUUGGAAGCCAGCAUGUUUUCAGCAAGGCAUAAGCUUUGCUUAGAACUUGAAAUGUGUUUUGCAUGCACCCAUAUUUUAGAUGCUUUUUCUUUUGCUUUUUUCAUCCCUGUAUCCAUUCAUUACUUCCCUCCUUCUCUCUCCCAACUUGUUAGUAGGGCUCUAACAUUGUAUCUUUUGUUUGCUUUUAUUUAUUUUUAGUUGUUUUUUAAAUCCCUCUUCCUCUCCCCAAAAUAUGCUUUUGCUCAGUGGCUUCUCAAGCAAAUGGAUUUCUUUCUUCCUCCUCUGUGUACAGAGAUUACAGUAUUUAUUCAAUUUGGGAUCUUUCUAAAUGGAAAACAGACUUUAAAAUGUACUCUACUGGUACAUGAGGAUGUGGGUGUAGCAUUCCAGUCCCAGCAUGGUGUGGUGUUUCCCUAGUAGUCAUCUUGGCAUGCUAGGCUCUGCUGUGCUGUUACUGCUUUUUUGGAAGUCUUUACUGCACUUUUUUUAUUUCCUACCUUAUUUCACUUUUUAUUUUCAUGCAGAUAAUUUUCUUUGCUUCACUUCUGCAAAGACAUCUUCAUCGGGUUGGAUAAAACAUCUUUCCAAGCUUUGGAUGUUUCAUGGGUUCAUUGUCCUGUCUUCUAGCUUAGUUGACUCUUAUUUCUCUAGCACCUGUCUCAGAACAUGCUCUGUUUGUGCUCUGCUGUACAGAAACUCUACAUCUCUCAAUGUAAAAUAAACAUCCCAGCUGUAUUCCCUUUGCUA